GUAACCUAUUAGACGUUGAGACUUAGAGGUCUGUUUUAAUAUAUGUUCUGUAAACGACAAGUCUUGGGAAUAUCUAAGUCCUAAGUCUACUACUGUAUGUAACCUAGGUAACACUUCUCCAUUUAUGGUAAUGUCUAGGUUGAGUGAUGUAUCGCCGAAGCAUAUCCAUCCACAUUUAGCCGUAUUAAGCUCCAGUUGCCAUUUUAAGCACCACUGUGCUACCUUGUUAAGCUCCAUGCUGAUGCAAUUUUGCAUAUUUUUCAGGUCAUGUGGAGAAAAUGAAUAUACUACUUUAAGAUCAUCUGCAUAUAGAAGGGGCUUACCGACACAAAAACUUUCACAAAUAUCAUUGAUAAACACUAAAAAGAGCAAAGGACCUAAGACACUACCUUGUAUUACACCACUUCUAACAGGGACAGCGUUAGACAAUGAAGAGUUAAUUUUAACUAUUUGAUGUCGAUUGCUGAGAAAGGAAUCAAGCCAAGCAAGCAAAGGAUUUUGAACCCCAUAAGAUGCGAGCUUACCUAUAAGAAGUUGGUGGCUAACCAUGUCAAAGGCUUUAGAAAUGUCCAGAUAUAGCA